AUGGCGUGCCCGCUCAAGCCCGGGUUCCGCAGGGCCGUCGUGGACGGCGCGUACGGUGCCGAGGCCUCCACCGUGGACUUCCGCGGCGACCCCGAGGGUUCGCGCCAGCUGAUCAACGCGUGGGCAGCGCGCGCCACCAACGACCUGAUCGACUCCGUCCUCGGCAAGGGUUCGGUGAGCCCGCUCACCCGCGUCGUGCUCGGUAACGCCGUCUACUUCAAGGGCAAGUGGGAGAAGCCCUUUGAAAAGAGGCACAUCGCCGACGCGCCGUUCCGCCGGGCCGGCGGCCCCAUCGACGUGCCCUUCAUGCAGAGCUGGAAGAUGCAGUUCGUGGCUGUGCACGCCGGGUUCAAGGUGCUCAAGCUUAAGUACGAGAUGGGGGACGCGCGUGCGCGCCCGCCGCUCCAUCCCAGAGACGACGCGAGCACGCAAGACAGACGCACCGAAAUCUUUCACCGUGAUCCCACGAAGCCCGCCCCGUUCUUCCCUAACCGUGCCCCGCUCGGCCAUCCUGAUCGAUUCUCUCAUGCUGCUCGCCAGCCCAACGCAUCUUCCCGUCUCGCCGGCUUGCCCAGCUCCAGCUCCAGCCCCACACAGUUCUCCAUGUGCAUCUUCCUCCCGGACGCCGACGACGGCCUGCGCAGCCUGCUCGACGCGAUUGCUUCCCGGCCGGGCUUCUUGCACGAGCACCUGCCUACUCAGAAGGUGGACGUCGGUGAGUUCCGGGUGCCCAAGUUCAAGCUCUCCUUCCAUGACAGCAUCGUCGGCGUCCUCAAUAAGCUGGGCCUCGGCCUGCCGUUCAGCGAGGCGCCCGACCUGUCCGACAUGACGGAGGACGACCGCUCGGGCCUCCCGCUGGUCCUGAGCGAGGUCGUCCACAAAGCGGUCAUCGAGGUGAACGAGGAAGGCACCGAGGCCGCGGCCUUAACCAUGUGUCAGAUGUUCAUUGGGUGCGCGGCCAGGCUGAGGCUGCCGCCACCGGUGGAUUUCGUCGCCGAUCAUCCGUUCGCCUACUUCAUUGUGGAGGAAGGGACCGGCGCCGUCGUCUUCGCCGGCCAUGUCCUAGACCCCUCGACACAAUAA